AUGGAGUGUGAUCGAUUACCUUGGACUGAAAAAUACCGUCCUCCGGAUUUAGACAGUAUUAUUUCCCACAAAGAUAUUAUAAAUACAAUUAAAAGUUUCACAGAAGUAGGACAGAUUCCACACUUGUUAUUUCAUGGACCUCCAGGCACGGGAAAGACAUCAACAAUCCUUGCAAUAUCAAAACAUUUAUAUGGAAACUAUGCAAAUGUAUAUGUUUUAGAGCUAAAUGCAUCGGAUGAUCGGGGUAUUAAUGUUGUUCGGGAUAAGAUCAAGACAUUUGCUGAGGCUCUUAAUCGAUUCGUACCGUCAAGCGACAAUCCAGCUAAUCAAGUUAAAACCAAUUUAAAGUUAAUAAUAUUAGACGAAGCAGAUCAAAUGACCAACGCUUCCCAAGGAGCUUUAAGAAGGAUUAUGGAGAUAUAUGCCAAAAAUGUGCGCUUCUGUUUAAUAUGUAAUUAUAUGCAUAAGAUUAUUUCACCGAUACAAUCUCGCUGUACAGGAUUCCGAUUCUCUCCAUUAGAUGAAAACGAUCUUAGGAGGAGAACAUUGGAGAUAGCAACAAAUGAAGGAAUUACACUUGAGGAAAACGGAUUGUCUGCGCUAAUAGAGAUUGCCCAAGGUGAUAUGAGAAAAGUUUUAAACACAUUUCAAAUUGCCGCAAUGUCAAAAUUAGAUUCACAAGAUCGCAAUAUUAUCGAUGUAAAUGACAUUUUAAAUGCAUCUGGCACUCCAUUGGAAGAUGAAGUCAAAUCAAUAUUCAACGCAUUAGUUCAAUCUACAUUCUCUGAGUGUAUUCAAAUAAUCAGACACGUUCAAGAACUAAAGGGAUAUUCUUUACAGGAUCUUGUAACUUGCUUAUACAAACUUAUUAUAAAGAUUGAUUGGCCGACAAUUGUAAUAGUACAAUUAAUUAUAAGAAUGGCAGAUAUUGAAGAAAGAUUGGCAACUGGAGCCAAUGAAAACAUACAAAUUUGUGCGCUUGUAAGUGCAUUUACCGAAGCAAGAUUUGAAAUUGAACGAAUUAAAUUCGAGAUUUCACAUUAG